AAGAGAUGCGCGUGCGUGCGCGCGGACGCUCGGCUCCGGUAUCCGUGCUCGGGCAGAUCUGCACGGAGAGGAAUGAAGAGAAAAGAAAAGAAGAAAACAUUUCCAUUAAAAAAAAAAAUACUAAUUAAAAAAUAGAAGAAGAGACGGAUCUGCUGCGUUACCAAGAGCUGAGCUUGGCGCGUGCGUGCACUGAUCGCCCUUAUCGAAGAGAAGAAGAAUAAAUAAAUAAAUAAAUAAAUAAAUAUAUAAAUACCACUACUACUACUACUAAUAAAAAAAAGAGUAGAGACGUCCUGAUGUCCGCGUGCACGGGGAUACAUGAGAAUUGCGGACAGAUGGAGCGCGAGGGAUGACGGGCGGAGAGCGGAGGGCGACGGCACGCGCGUGUUUGGAUGCGUUUCUGCGCAGUUUCUCCCGCGUGCUCGGAGUUUAUCCUUCUGUAGGCUACCGCAGAAUCGCUCAAGCACAUCCGGUCCGUAGACCCGUGCUGCACACGGACCGUUUUUCUGGAUUUGGCUUCUCCUAAAUCAAUCUCUCUCUCUCUCUCUCUCUCUCUCUCUCUCUCUCUCUCUCACACACACACACACACCCCGAGACGAGACGAGACAGCGGUGUGUGUGGUGUGCGUGCAUCACUGGAUAGCUUAAUUUUUUUCUCACACUGAUUAGGAUCGAUUAAGGAUUCUGGAUUAAGGAGCGCGCAGUUGUUGUUAAUUUUUUUUAUUUGACUGUGUAUCCUGUUUGUUAAUGCAGAAGGAAUUCAUCUCUCCAUCUCUCCAUCUCGCCGUGUCUCCGUUACGAGUUUAGAAGUCGCGAGGGGGAGAUCCGGUGCGCAUUUCUGCGGUGGAGAACUCAGGCGGAUUUGUGCAGUUGCGUGAUAAAAAAAUAAAUAAUAAAAAAAGAUUUAAUCUUCCUGAUUGAUGCGGUCCGGUUCUGUUUGGAAAAUUAUUAUUAUAAAUCACCAUCAGGGGUGGAGGAGGAGGAGGAGGAGGAGGGGGACGAGAAAAGGAACUUCAGCGGCGGAGACCGGCUUGGACAGCCUAGACCAGAGACAGAGGAGUCGAGAUGGAGAGAGAGAGGGAGCUUAUACAUAAUUGAUGGUGCAAAGUGCAGAGUGCACUUAUCACCCUGGAUCCGGAGAUGAGGAGGUCUGUGUGAGCGUAGUUAACGGAACCAACUUCUAAUUCCCACUCGGAAAGACGGACUUCCUCAAGCUACUUUUCUCCAAGCUGGACUUUUAUUUCAACAUGGCGGUGGCUACAGUGCAACGAGCUCAGACGGUUCCCUCAGGACCUGCACUCCAUCUGAGGAGGUGGCAUUGAUCUUAUUACCCAGAAUUCCCUAGGAGAACACAUGAUGAGAUGAAUGACACAGGAAGAGCCUUCAUCUCUGGACGAGGAAGCUGAUAAACCAUGGAGCGGUUCGUUUUGUGCAUGAUGCUGUUGGGGGUUCUGGUGCGAGGACAGCAGUGCCCAGGCCGAUGUAUCUGCCAGACCAUCUCGCCCACCCUGACCUUGCUUUGUGCCAAGACUGGACUCCUCUUUGUGCCGCACACUAUUGACCGCAAGACCGUAGAGUUGAGGCUCACGGACAACUUCAUCACGGCUGUCCGUAGGAAGGACUUUAUAAACAUGACGAGUCUGGUGCACCUGACACUGUCCCGCAAUACCAUAAGCCAGAUUGCACCUCAUGCCUUCGUUGGACUCAAAGCAUUAAGGGCGCUUCACAUGGAUGGCAACCGACUGACUGAUAUAAAGAAUGACCAGCUGAAAGGUUUGGUCAACCUUCGGCAUCUCAUCCUGGGAAACAACCAGAUCCACCAUAUCGACCCUUCCUCCUUCGACGAGUUUGUUUCCACAAUUGAGGAUUUGGAUUUGUCUUACAACAACCUGAGGACGUUGCCAUGGGAGGCUAUAGCCAGGAUGACCAACAUCAACACACUAACUUUGGAUCACAAUCUUAUUGAUCACAUAGGAGCUGGAACAUUCACGCUACUCACCAAACUGGUCCGCUUGGACAUGACAUCCAACCGUUUGCAGAAGCUGCCUCCAGACUCCCUCUUCCAACACGCUCAAGUGCUGUCUGAUCCUAAGGGGUCCUCUAGUUCCUCGAGGCUGACGGUGAGUUUUGGUGGGAACCCGCUCCACUGUAACUGCGAGCUGCUGUGGUUGCGCAGGCUCACCCGAAAGGAUGACCUGGAGACUUGCGCCUCACCUGAUCAACUUAUGGACAAGUACUUCUGGUCCAUCCAGGAGGAGGAGUUUAUCUGUGAACCCCCACUCAUUAUCAAGCACCACGUCACUAAGCCAUACGUGAUGGAAGGCCAAGGUGUCACGCUCAAGUGUAAGGCCAUGGGUGAUCCAGAUCCUACCAUUCACUGGCGCUUUCCUGAUGGAAAGCUGGUCCACAAUAACUCACGUACUAUCCUGUAUGACAACGGCACUCUGGACAUCCUGAUAACAACCUUGAAAGACAGCGGGGCGUUCAACUGUGUCGCCUCGAACGCCGCUGGAAUCGCCACGGCAGCUGUAGAGAUAAACAUGAUCCCACUGCCGUUGUUCGUGAACAACACCAGUCACAUGAAAGAGGCUGACCCCGGCCUGUCUGACAUCACCACCUCCACCAAAUCUGGCAACAAUGACACCAAGCAACAGGACAAGAGAGUAGUGGUGGAUGAGCUGACCUCCAAUUCAGCCAUGAUCCACUGGCCUUCAGAGAGACACAUUCCUGGAAUAAGGAUGUACCAGAUCCAGUAUAACAGUACUAUGGAUGACACUUUGGUCUACAGGAUGAUUCCCUCCGAGAGCAAGACAUUCCGGAUCAACGACCUGGCGGCAGGACGUGAAUACGAGCUGUGUGUCCUUGCCGUGUACGAUGAUGGCAUCACGUCCCUCACUGCCACACGUGUGGUGGGCUGUGUCCACUUUCGUACCGCGCCUGAGACCGGACAGUGCCAGUUUGCUCAAGCGCAGUUCCUGGGUGGCACCAUGAUCAUCAUCAUCGGUGGCGUCAUCGUGGCCUCUGUGCUCGUCUUCAUCGUCAUCCUGAUGAUCCGAUACAAGGCCUAUGGCACGGCCGAUUCCUCCAAGGUCAAAGGUGGAACGUCUGGAAGCAUCCACCAGUCGGUCCGCGCCAAGAAACAGGAGCAUGUGCGCGAGUCUCCGGUUGGUACAGAUUGCCAUGCUAUUGCGCUACUUAGCCUUGAGAAUGAGACUCAGGGGGAAGCGAAGGCACUGACACCUCCGGUUAACUCAGAGGUGGCGGGUUUGGCUCUUGUACCUGCUCCACCCAUUCCACCAUCCCGCAGGGCAAGUUUAGGAGCCCCGCCUUCAGACGAUGCCCAGACGGACAGCAGCCUGACAGGCUCCACCAUGUCACUUUGCCCCAUGGGCACCAGCACAAGUGACAGGGACAGGAAGCGGACACCAGUGGCCAUUGGGUUGCUGCCCGGUGAGCUGGCGAGGGCGAGGCACCGCUUCUCCUUUGAUGGGGACUACACGCUCUUCCAGAGCCACAGCUACCCGAGACGGGCCCGUGCCCGCCGCCACAAAUCCAGCUCGCAGCUCGAUGUCUCACCUCCGACUGAACGCCGCAUCACAUUCAGCAGCAGCACUGAGUGGAUGCUCGAGAGCACAGUGUGAACAAACACAUACACUGUGGGGUCCCAAACUCAAUUUCACUCCUAGCAACUAUCUUUAUUUCAUCAGUUAUCACAGGUGAAUUCGAUUUUGCUAAAUUUCUCAAACAAGAUCACUAAUAUCGUUUAUUAGUGUUCACUAAUUCACGAAUAUAAUUCCAGACGAGACUAAGACAGGAGGCGAGUGCAGGGCUACUUUUUAUACUCCCAUUCCUGCCCACUCCCACAGACAUUCCUGACAGCUUCCGUGACCUUGACCAGGAAAGAGCAGUUACUCAUGAUGGGGUUAAUGAAAGCACUAAAUCUGUCAUGCAUUGUAAACACUCAUGUUAAGAAAUGUAACCAACUGCAUAUCUGACUGCAAUCAACAAAGAAAAACUGCCCGUUGCCAUGACUUUUUUUGUUGGGUCCUGUAGGAUCAGUCCCAGUACACACCUCUCGUACAGAGUAUAACCCUUCUGCAACACCAGUUCAGUUUCAUGUCAUUUGUGUGUGCCUUUUAUUCCUGAGCCACUUGAAAAUUCCCUCCAAGUGCGCUCUGGACACAUGGCCAUUUUUCACCUUGUCAGUCAAAUCCCUCUACACUGGUAUCUUGUAGGACUAUGUUUACUAUGUUUACUUUCUUUCUAGUUGCCAUGGUUUCAGAGUGAUAUCCACACAAGCUAGCUCGAAAAUGGAUACUAAUACUACACAUUUGACCACAAAUCCCACAUGCAUCCACUAAAAAUAACAAUUCCGUAAGAACACACUUGUGUAUAAAACGCAUCCGUAUAUCCGUACAUCACUGUCUCCUAGUGUCAGAGUAACCUAGUAACCUUGCAGUAAAGUGAGUCUCACCAACCGGCUCAGGAUCUCGGAGUAAGAUUGAAUAUUUGGAACAAAAAAAAUCUUUCACAGUUGGGGGGACAGACAAUAUACCCCAUCACCAUCGUGUUACACGUUGCUAAACAUUGUCGCAUCACUUGCCCCGCCCAAUUCACAUCACUAACAGUAAUGGUACAGUUAGCAUUUGUGGAUUUCCAAUGCUCCGGUCAGAUCCUCGGACGCUACAGCGGCCACAUGGUCGAUAUUCACAGCACGUUUUCGUUUUUUCAUCAAGUAAAUUCUGGAAUGUUCUGGACUGGGAUUGGUGGAUCUGGAGGGGAUUUUUAAGUUGCUCGGGAGUGGGAGGAUUCAGAGGUGUGCAUGAUGAAACAGACCUGUCAAUCAUGAAGAGGAAUAAUGCAAAGUCCCAUAGGCUGAGGGAUAAAAUUUUUUUUUUAAAAAACCUCAGUAACCUGUAAAAGAGUUAGAUCCUUCAUAGAAACCGUGAAAUGUUUCCACACGGCCGACAUUUUUACUGUUGAUCUGCUCAAAAUGCAGGAGCGUAAACAGUGUUUUUACUUUUGUAAUGAUCUCUCCCAUUCAAAUUCCAGUGAAAUGUCAGAGUUGACGUUGUGUUGUAGGUCUAAUCUAUCUAAAAGUAAAAUGAGUCGAGAUGAAACAUUACAAUUGUGAGAUGGAAAGGGGAAAGGGGCGGGGUUUCAAGUGGGUGAGUUAAUAUCGGAGAGUUUGCGACACUUACGAUCUGUAAGUAUUUAGAUGUUAAAAUGCGCCGCUCCGACGCAAAACGGAUGAAGGUUGGCAGGUCCGAUGACAUCAGAUGUUGCUCUAGAAGCGAUAAAAAAGAGGUCACGUCAGAAACAAAAAAAAAAAUUUGGGGAGCGUCACAUGAUACUAUUUGGAUUAAAUACGCACAUUUGAGACCAAGUUCAGGUUGAUAAUUUGAUGUUAUUGGCAUUUUCACGAUUAAAAAAAAAAAGUUUUUCGAUAACUGAUGGAAAUAAAGUUUCAUGUUUUGGGCUCCUGGUAUAAGCACACACACACACACACACACACACACACACACACACACAGGGAUUUUUUUAUCCUCAUGUGUCCUGUGUUGUCCAUGUUCACUGGUUUAUUUGAAAGCACAGUCUGGCUCCGUUCUGCUUCUGACACAAAGAGAGAGAGAGAGAGAGAGAGAGAGACAGAGAGAGAUGGUGAUAAAGAGAAAGAAAUGUUUGCCACGCCCUUUCCCAUAAUGCAGCGGUGCCUUAUUCCUGAACGUGUACCAACGGAAGAUGUGCUGCUAUGUGUCCAUCCACUCUCCAUCCUUUUGUUUAACGGCUAUUUUUCUACCGUGAUGCUACGGCGAGAGGUUGGUGGAUAUGUGACCGCUCUGUUUUCUUUGUAAUAUUUCAUCAACAAAUACGGCGACGACGAUGAUCACGAUGACGAACGAUAAACAUGCAAACACGAGAGUCUAGAGUCACGACGCUCACGGGUGUCCGAUCGUUUUAAUCGACUUAAUGCACAGAAGACACGAGAAACAGAGCAUCGGACAAGCAUCGGACCAGUCUAUACGACACAGAUGAUUUUUUUUUUUUUUAAAAACUAAAGAAUAUGAAUAAUUCAUACAAAUACAGAUUGCAUUCAUUAGAAAAAAAAAUCGGAGCCUGGGAAUUUUACGAGGACUCUUUCGGCCAGGAUGGAUUACGUUAUGAUGAAAAUCAGAGAAAUGACUGUACGAUCGUCAUCGGUCUUGUAUCUGGCUGGUCUAGAUUAAAACAAAAAAGCAACAAAAAAAACCCCCCAAAAAAAUCUGCAAAUGCAAAAUACAUAUAUGAAUAUAUUCCAAACUAUCUCUGUAUGUGUUCCAAAUAUGUAAAGUCAUAGGUGACGUGACUUUUUACACAGCGUUCUGGGUGAUGGCUGGCAAUUUUUACAUUAAAAAUCUGCGUCGUCACAUCCUCCUUCUGAUUUAGUUUAUUAAAGUUUGGACCACUUAA